AUGUAUGUAUAUCAGUAGUAUACAUAUUAUUAUACACAUUACUAUAUAUAUAUAUAUAUUAUUACUAGAAAUAAUCUUUUUUAAUAAUCUACAAUACUAUAAUAUAAUAUAACUAAGCAUCGAUAUAUUUAAGUUGGAAUGACGUUAGCAUAACGUAGUUCUAUAUAAAUGCAAUUAUAUAUAAGACGGCCGUAGACGUCGAGAACUGUUUAAAGAAGAGAGCUUUCUUCGUUUCAGACUCGGAGGAGACGUCGAGUGGUGGUGGCUCGCAGUCACCGACUCACAUUCGCAUCAACUUCGAGCGAUGCUUUCGCAAGGAGUACAGCGCGUCGUCUCUCCAAGGGAAAACAUCGUCAACGGCAACGACAGCGUCGAUGGACGACUCGCAACAAUAUUCCGAUUCCGAAUCGGAGCAAAAGGUGUCGAAAGACAAUAUGAGCAGUGCCAUAUUUAAUCUGGUCGCCGGUGAGUCGGAGAUCAGUCAGAGCGACUUCGAAGGAUCGUUUAAGGUCGAAAACGAGAGAACCGAAGGUUCGGUGCGAGAUUUCUGCGUGAAAGAGGGCGACGUAUACCGGUGUACCGUAUGCCAUCGUACCUACACACACAUCAGCAAUUUCUGCCGGCACUACGUCACCUCACACAAGCCUAACGUCAAGUACUAUCCUUGUCCGGUUUGUUUUAAGGAAUUCACGCGGAAAGAUAACAUGGUCGCCCACGUGAAAAUCAUACAUAGCCUUAAGCCGCACAUGAGUCUUAGCAGCAGUGGCAGCAGUAGUAUGGGCCAGCAGCGGUAG